AUUGCUGUCCUUAACUGUAAUUUGGAUGAGAGAGAGAGAGAGAGAGAGAGAAUCUGCUAGAAAGGGUCAGCGGAUAAAUGCGGAUACAAACAGUUGUCCGUAUGGACAGGUUUAGAGACAGCUAACCUGUAAGAGAGAUCUGUUGUUAAGCGGAAAAGGUUGGACCUGAUCACUGUGACCACUCUGUCUUCUUUAUCCAAGCAUAAGAGAUUACAAUUUAGAAAGCCACACAAGCAACAGAACCAGCCAUGAGUACUCACGAGCCAGAGGUGUACACGGUGGCGCCGGAGAUGCCGGCCAUGUUCGACGGGAUGAAGCUGGCGGCUGUCGCCACCGUGCUGUACAUCAUCGUCCGGUGCCUGAAUCUGAAAAGCCCCACCGCGCCCCCGGACAUCACGUGCCAGGACACGCCUCUCAACCGCUUCCUCCUCAAAUCCUGCCCCCUUCUGACCAAAGAAUACAUUCCUCCGCUAUUGUGGGGAAAAAGUGGCCAUUUACAGACGGCUCUGUAUGGAAAGCUGGGCCGUGUGAGCUCCCCGCACCCGACCGGCCUGCGCAUGUAUCUGCCAAUGCAGGACGGCGCCACAGCAACCUUUGAUCUCUUCGAACCUCUGGCAGAUCAUCAGAGCGGAGCGGAAGUCACCAUGGUUAUCUGCCCAGGCAUUGGUAAUCACAGCGAGAAGCACUACAUCCGCACGUUUGUGGAUCAUUCACAGAAGCAAGGCUACCGCUGUGCCGUGCUCAACCACCUCGGGGCCUUGCCCAACAUCGAGCUCACCUCCCCCCGCAUGUUCACUUAUGGCUGUACCUGGGAGUUUGCAGCCAUGGUGGGCUACAUAAAGAAGACCUACCCUCAGAGCCAGCUCAUCGUGGUGGGCUUCAGUCUCGGUGGCAACAUCGUCUGCAAAUUCCUGGGGGAGAGCCAUGCCAAUCAGGAGCGUGUGCUGUGCUGCGUGAGCGUGUGCCAGGGCUACAGUGCACUCAGAGCUCAGGAGACCUUUCUGCAGUGGGACCAGUGCAGGCGUUUCUAUAACUUCCUCAUGGCUGACAACAUGAAGAAGAUCAUUCUGUCACACAGGGGCAGUCUGUUUGGAGGAGGCUCUCUUAAAUUGAUAGAUGCAGAUCUGAGACGCCUUUACACUGCCACCUCUCUCAUGCAGAUCGAUGACAACAUCAUGAGAAAAUUCCAUGGACACAAUUCCUUAAAAGAGUACUAUGAGAAGGAGAGCUGUGUGCACUACAUUCACAAUGUGAAUGUUCCACUCCUGCUGGUGAACUCCGCCGAUGACCCUCUCGUACACCAAUCUCUUCUCACAAUCCCACGCACACUCUCAGAAAAGAAAGAGAAUGUGAUCUUCGCCCUGACGCUGCACGGCGGCCACCUGGGCUUCUUCGAGGGAGCCGUACUCUUCCCGCAGCCUCUCACCUGGAUGGAUAAGGUCAUCGUGGGGUACGCCAACGCCAUCUGCCAGUGGCAGAAGCAGAAGCCAGCAUGCCAAAGCCAGGAAGACCAAGCCUCAGAGGGCACAUGUGCGGACAAUACUUCCUAAACUUUGACCUCUUGCCGUCUCUCGAUUCAUACCCAUUCAUGACCAAACCACUCAGACCUUUCUGACUGGUCUCAUCUUACACACACGAAAAAAGCAUCUUUGUGAUCAGUGGUAGAGAAAAUGUUCUAUAUUUUGGGGAUCACUCACAACACAUGCAUACAGGCACAUAAAUGUUAAAGAGGAUGAAAUGAGGGCAGUGUUAUACAUGUACCAUAUUUUCUGGACUUAAAGAUGCUAACACAUGAUGAUAUAUAUUUCGCAUCACGCUAAUUCUAAAUACAUUUGUUUUGGGGUUUUUUUUUUGUUUUUUUUUACGGAAAAACACAAACAUUAGUUUGGCACUACAAUAGAUGCGUUACCUGGUGAAAUUUUAAAAACCUUUUACACUAUGUAGAGUUCUGAAAACUACAGACCUUUCUGGACUGUAUAUAUAAAGUUACCCAACAAAAGUCAAAACUUUGUGUAGAAAAAUUUUUUUAAGUCAGACUGCCUGUUUUUACCGCCAUGUUUGUUAACACACAGUGACAUCUGAAGGGCUUUGCCAUGCUAUGACUUCUUGAUAAGGAUGGACUUACAGACAGGACCAAUUACACUAAAGUGCCAUUAUGGAGGCAGUAAAAACAUACUUAAAAAUGACUGCUACUUGAAUUGCUACACAGAUUUGCAUCUUGCACUUAUUGUCUGGAAAAUAUGGUACACGUUAUAUCGGUUUAAACAUGUCAAUAAAUGCACUGGCCCUAAAAAAAAAAAAAGUUAGCUUUUAGCUGCUAGAGUGGAAAGACUUCAGCACAAACAGCUACUGUAGACCGACUGUGCACUACCACACUGUACAUAACACUGAGGGAGCGGGCCGUUAUGCAGGCACUGUGUGCUUAUAGCGAGGACAGGCAUGCUGCUGGUGCCUCUUCUGUGCUCUUCGAAAUGCUCACUGGUCUGUCGAUACCUCGACUAGACCUAGUCAGCACUUGUGUUAUUCAUUUAACUGUAUUCAUUUUGGGUGAAAAAAAAUGAGUCCAAUAUGUACUCAUCAUAGCAUUUUUUUUUUUUUUUUUAAAGCACUUUAUAUUAUUUUUGCCAUACAUUCGUUGGGUAGUUAGAGGAAGAUUGAGGUUCUAAAACAAAGACUAGAUCAUACAAUGCACUCAGAGGGAGAGAUGUCCAAACUCUUCAGCUCAAUGACUCGAUGAUCCCUCCUGUUCACCAAAGCCUGACAAUUCAUCAAAACACAUUCUAUCAGUUCUGUACGCUUUACUGCGAUGUUGUUCGGAUUGCAGGAGUUUGGUUGAAGUGUGGAUCAGAGUAGGAGUUCAGCAGGAGACUGCUCGUGUCUGUGAAAGCUGGCUCACCGCAGGCAUGUUUCGUUUUUCAUUUGUGCUUCGUGACCAGUUUUUAUGGAUGUGUUUCAUUGUAAUUUGUAAAGGGAACAGAAUCUGCGAGAAAAUGACUGCCUUUGUGUUCCAGUCCUUUUAGAGUAACUGCAUGUUCUUGAAUAGUUGGGAUAGAAUGGAAGCCGAAAAAAAAGUCAUCUACUUUCAAGGGAUUGUAAGAGGGGGAAAUUUUUUUUUUUUUUUUUUUUCCCGUUCGCAUCAUUUUUAAAGGAAUAGUUGAAAUUAAAUUUGCACAGUUUUCCUGUAAUCCUAAAUUUAGACUCGGACAUGUUAGUGUCUGAGGUUCGCUCCGCUAGUUUUGUAGUGGAGCUACGAUACUACUGUUGCUAACAGCUAAAGGAAGGAUGCUUACAGCUAUCAGUUUAACAUUGUGCAUGUCUAAGCCAGGUCGUGUUUCAUAGUUCAAGGGUCUUUGUUUUUGAUUCUGAGCUUCUCCGCUUUGUCCAUGUUGGUUUUUUCCAUUCGUUUCUCAUUCAGGGGUGAAUUCCAACCUCAUCCUCAAUUUUCAGGGUCCACCAUUUACAUUUAUGGCAUUUGGCAGGCUUACAUUUAUCUAAUUAAUACAGUUAAAUGUCUAGGGCCACUGCUGUCAAUCUGCCACUGCUGGGAUUUGCACUAAUGCACAUCACUGAGUUAUCACAGCCCCACCAUGACUGUGACCAGAAUAUAAAGCUUACUGAAUGUGAAGGAAUGAAAUUUGGCUAAUUUGACCCGAAUCAUUAUUAACUUGCUGAGAAAGAACGUGAAUAUAUCUACAGUUAUUAACUCUUUGACCUAACCCAGACUGUUUAAGAUGACCACACAACACGACGCAGUUUGAAUCCAGUAUGCACGAUGAUAAACCGCUUGCUGUAAGACAACCAUUAGUUGAUAACGACAUUAUUCAUAUCCGUUAAGUGCAAUUGGUUGCGAUUGAGUCAUUGGAAAUGGGACGUAGAUGUUUGAGACGAUGGACGUUUGAGGAAACCGUCAUUUUGGGAAUGCACUCGGCCUGUUAUUUCUCCAUCAUCCUGAAAGAGAAGGAAGUUCGAGUUAGUUGUUCUCUCCAGUGAGCAGAGCACAGACGCCACCUCCUGGUCUUUUGUUUCUUUGAUUAAUCUCCAUAUACACCAAAAUCCUGUGUGUUUUCUAGUAUUGAUAUUUGGGACAGACCUCAAACUCUAAUCUCAUGCAGUAUAUACUUUUUUAUCUGCAGUAACAAAAGGGAAAAAAAAAAAAAAAAACACUUCUGAUUGCUCUUCUAUCGGAUCUCAUGUUAGUAGAACACUGAUGAAGGAAAAUCAGUUUUGUUCGUUCAGUAUUGAAGCACACCAAGAGAUCUGAGCUAUCAGGAACACCAGCAUCAUUCCAGUCUCCAUCAACUUGAUGCUCAGCAACCUUCUGCCUUUCUGAAUGUUUCUCACCGUUUUUUUUUUUUUUUUUGCACAACAAAUGCAGGCUUUAGCUGUAUCUCUUUAAUUUUCAGAGUUAAUUUUUUGAUAUCUAUCUAUAUAUGUGUGUAUAUAUAAUUGUCUUUCUUGCUGAUGGUUAUUUACUCAUUUGUUUUGGACUAUGAUGUACAUGAAUAAUCAUCGGUUUGUGUGUUUAUGCUGAUCAUCAGCACACGUUUUAUUCUGAAAACCAAAACCAGAAAAAAAUGUAAAUAUACACGGUGAAAUUCUGUAGUUUAUGUAACAGGGUGUUUUUUUGUUUUUCCAUCAGCAAUAACGUCUGAGGUUUGUUUGUUGUUGUUUUUUUCCAUCAUGCCAAACUGAGGGGCCUCGUCCAGAAAAAUAAGAAGCGUGUCAAAUUAGGAGUGUGAAAUCACAUUCCUGCUGUUCAUACACACACACACACCCGCAAUCAUUUAGCAUUGAAAAAGCAUUUGUUUUAAUAUUCGAUCAUAUUUAUAAAUCCGUUGGCAUUCCCUCUGACUAUCAGGUGGAAAUCGCCGAUGCAGUGUAAGAUCAUUCCAUGAUUUAUGCAGUGAAAUUUGAUUUCUAGAUUUAUAGAGCUGAUCACAGUGUAUUCACAGUGCUGUGUGUUCGGUGGGUUGUUUGUACCCAUGACUAUAUCAUAUUCCACCUUCACUAACCAUAACAACCUAGUUGUGUCUAAUUUCUUUUUUUUUCUUUCUUUUUUUAUUUUGGGUGAAAAACAAUGGCGUGUGAUUGAAUAAUUGGAAUUAAAUAUAAUUCAUGUGUUAAAAUAAAUUAUUUUCUUGUAUAAAUA